CUUAACCUAAUCUUGUACUUUUAUAUUAAUAGUGUGACAUAAUGGGUGGGUGAUAAGAGAUCUUGCUCGAAUCUUCUAGCAAGUUUAUUUAGGUACAGGUACACAUAAGUACAAUUAUACAUAGUAACGUGUAAAUUACCUAGGAUAGCCUCCCAAAAAGUCAGUGACUUAUUUCCAUUGGAAUAGCCAGAACUGAGUAUAUCUGUAUUUGAUUAAUUAAAUAAAAACUGCGAUACAAAAUUACAGUUUUAUUAAGUGUGUGUGUGAUAUAAACUAUAUAGUAAGUUUACAGUAUCUAGUAAUUGAUUUAUGAUUAGAGUGGAGGUGAUGGUGGGGAGGGGAUUGAGCAGCAGAGGAUGCUGACUCCAAGUACAUCUGGAGAACACUAUGAUCAGGUCAAAUCUCGUCAAACAUCCACUCUGCCAUUCAGUUUUGACAAUGCCUUGUUUGGAAAUUGCUACCAAUAUUCCUAAGGAAAGAAUAACUCCGGAAGUGGUGGCUGACCUCAGUAAGCUCUUCAGCACUACAAUGCGAAAGCCUGAACAAUAUUGUAUGGUAAGAGUGAUUCCAGGACAACUGAUGACAUUUGGGGGCAGCUUCAAUCCAUGUGCAGUUGCAACUGUCAUGAGCAUUGGCAAUCUGGGUGUACAGGAGAAUAAGGCUCAUGCUCAGAAGAUUUUUGAAUUUACAGAGAAAACACUUGGAAUUCCAAAUGACAGGAUGUACAUCAUAUUUACUGACAAGCCAGCAUCAGAGAUUGGAUAUAAAAGUACCACCUUUCAUGAAAUACUUGGUUUAAAAUAAGAGCAGAAUACAACACCGUUUGUUUCAUUCAUUACUGAAAAGGCAGUGAAUAUAACCAUCACUUUUG